AUGAAGCGCCAAGAGGCGCCAGCAGCAAAGCGUGUGAAGCCACCGACCGUCGACUUUGCACACUCGGUGGAUCUAGUCGAUAUAUGCAGCGAGUUGGUUGCUAUUAAGUUGGGUGGCGAUUUGGCUCCGAGCACUGAAGAUGGUGUGGAAGAGUCAGAUUCAGAUGACGGUCAGCAAGAAAUUACAGAGGCUAUUGAGAGUAGUGGGACGGACGUUGAGACUGGAGGCAAUGACAAGGAGAUCGAAGUCCAGGCAACAGCCACUGAACCUGGCGGCCGGUCCAUGUUGGAAAUUGAAGAGGGCCCAAUCGAAGGGGACCCAACAAACACUGAAAUCAUCAUUAAAGAGGAGGCGCCCCCGGCAAAUCGCCGCACCCCGGACGACGUAUAUUACAUGUAUCAUACAGAUUCCGAAUACAACAGCGACUCCGACUCCGACUAUGUGUACGAAGAGCCACCCAUUGAGGACCUCUUUCUAGACCUUGAAAGCAAUGGCACCAACACCAGCGAGUAUUAUCCUGAGAAGAUGUUCCAGGUCCACAAGAGCGUUCUCUGCCAGACCUCACGAUUCUUCCAAACGGCAACAAAGCCACGGUGGACGGCGCAGCGCAAGAAGCCCAUUGACCUAUCCGAAGACGAUCCGGAAAUUUUCGCCCUGUACGUCCAGUGGCUGUAUACCGGUUCUGUCGCCGUGAAGUCGAAGCGCGAGGACAACGACGAGGACGAUGCGGAACCCGAAAAGGGCAAUGUGGAGAUCAGGGUAGAGGACAUUUCAUGCCGAUGCUUAGUCAAAUGUUAUGUCCUCGGGGAAAAACUCAUGGACUUGACAUAUCAAAAUGUCAUCAUGGAGCUUCUGCUGACCCUUGCGCCCGUCAGGACCGGUAUUCCCAGCUACGACACCAUCCGCAUCGCCUACAAGGGGACUACCACCAAUUCGCCAUUGCGGAAAUUGUUUGUCGAUAUCUGGGUCUGGUGUGGAUAUCCGCUGCGGCAAAAGGGAGAUUUGGUAAUGGAAUCUUCCCCAGAAUUUGCGAAUGACUUGGUUCAUGCGCUGUUGGCUCAGAGGAAUAUUGCACCCAUUGAUAACCAGGAAGAGGGUGCCACGAAGCCUCCAUGGGAUACGGAUCUUGCAUCUUACUACUUGCAAUUAGGCGAUGAAGAGGAGUGA